AUGUCCGACUCUGGAAGCUCGCUAAAUUCGCACUUAUCUGAAAAGACAUUUCUCUUCGGUCUUAGGCUGUGGGUUGUGAUUGGACUUGGUGUUGGACUAUUUAUUGUGGUCUUUCUUUCAGUUCUAGCCAUAACUGUUUCUCUUAAGAGUAAGAAGAGGUCGAGGAGGGCUUCAGAUAAUCUCCCCAUUACGGAAAUCCCCACAGUGUCGAAGGAAAUAAAGGAAGUGAGGGUUGAGCAAGUAUCUGCGAAUGACUUUGUAGCUGGUAAUGGGAUUCUUCUUACCAUUCAUGGCAAGUCAGCGGAGAGGCAAUCAGAUAAGGUCAUGGUUCAUUUGGGACUUAGUAAAGUAAGACGUGGAGAAAGUAACAGCCGUUCGAGUUCAUUUCGCCAUACCGAGAAAGACUAUAGUUCCCAGUCUGGUGGAGAAGGGAGCUCUGGGGCCUUUACUGUGCAGGGACAAUCAUCUUCGUACCCCAUUACUGCUCCUUCACCUUUGACCGGUCUUCCUGAACUCUCUUACUUGGGUUGGGGUCACUGGUUUACAUUAAGGGACUUGGAAGUGGCAACCAAUCGUUUCUCAAAGGAUAAUAUUCUAGGAGAAGGUGGAUAUGGUGUUGUCUACUGUGGACGCUUAAUCAAUGGAACUCCAGUCGCUAUCAAGAAGCUCCUUAACAACUUGUGAGUUUUUAUCACUUAACUUGACGCAUGCUUGUUAUUGUUCUAUGAAACUUCUAAUUUUUGUUAACACUGGGAAUUUGCUAUUUUUCUAGAGGUCAAGCUGAGAAGGAAUUCAGGGUUGAGGUUGAGGCCAUUGGGCAUGUUCGCCAUAAAAACUUAGUACGUCUCCUUGGAUACUGCGUGGAAGGCACUCAAAGGUGCAUACUUCCUCUAAUGUUAUUUUCCCCUUGUGGAUUUACUUUGCUUUUUUACUUUUUUGCUACCAUCCUCUUGUUCCUGCUAUGAUGCGUUGCCGUUGUAAUAUGUGCAGCAAUGUAUGAAUACUAUCUCUAUGUUAAACGUAUCUGGCAUCCUUAUACUUUGAUUGGUUGUGCCAAAGAUGGUGAUAAUAGCUAAAAGCUUCCACUUUUCUUGAUGAAGAGUAUCACAGUUGUUAAAAUUUUGAUGUAAACUAGCUUUUGGUUAACUCAGGAUGCUGGUAUAUGAGCAUGUUAACAAUGGAAAUUUAGAGCAGUGGCUUCAUGGAGCACUGCGGCAGCGGGGUUCUUUGACUUGGGAAGCAAGGAUUAAGAUUCUCCUCGGUACAGCCAAAGCGUAAGUCCAGACCCUAGCAUAUUGGUACUAGUGAACUACCCAAGAUGCAAACUGAAGAACAUUUAACCCGGAUCAUGUGUUUAUCUUUUGCCGAGGGUACUGAACUCUGAUUUGCUAACCAUUGAUUCUGUUGAAAAUUUUGAUGUCUUUUGUGCAGUCUUUCAUACCUACAUGAGGCUAUUGAGCCCAAAGUUGUUCAUCGGGACAUCAAAUCCAGUAAUAUAUUGAUUGAUGACGAUUUUAAUGCAAAGGUAUCUGAUUUUGGUCUUGCCAAGCUUUUGGGUGCUGGAAAGAGUCACAUCACGACCCGAGUAAUGGGAACCUUUGGGUUAGUCUCUUUUUCCCUGAUUUUUUCUUUCAUUGGGUUCCGUAAUGCUGGUUUUUCUUAUACAACUGUUACAUGUCAACAGAAUUAUGAUGGUAGUAUGGGCUAUUAUCUUUUUCUAUUGUCCAUUGCAGCUAUGUUGCUCCAGAGUAUGCAAAUACUGGUCUUCUUAAUGAAAAGAGUGAUGUCUACAGCUUUGGAGUGGUUCUAUUAGAAACAAUUACCGGCAGGGACCCUGUCGAUUAUGGUCGCCCAGUCAAUGAGGUUUGGAAUUUCAUCCUAUGCUCUUUUUGUUGGAUUCAUGGAUCAGGAAAGUAUUAAAACCAAUCCAAAUUUACAUGGAUCCUUACGAAUAUAACCUGCGAUGAAUAAAUACUGUGCGACAAAAAAACCAAUUUUUUGAAUUUCAGGGGCUUUUUGUGACAUUGCUAUUCUGGAAUUCAUAGAAUCCUGUGGUUGGAGAAAAGUUGAAUCUAUACGAUCUUCUCAAUGCUAGUUUUUUUUGAUUAGCAGUAGAUGUACCUCCCACGGCCUUUCGUUCUUAGCAUGCUGUGGUAGUAAGAGCUGUGACCUACUGAGCGUUGAAGCUGGGGCCAUUGGUCAUGCUCGUAACUCGUCUUUCGUACAAUAUUUCAUCUUCUGUUCUCAUCGGUUGUCCUUGUGGUACAUCGGAUUCUUUUGGUCCCAUAAUCUGAAUAACUCCUGGGAAGCUCUUGUAAAGCUCCUCUUUCAUGGCACUAAUUGGCCUAUGACCAGUUCCUCUUUACACCAUGUUGUCAGGCUGACGCAUUCCGAGCUCGAUAGUGAAAUUCUCUGUAGUUUGAAAGUUGGAUGGACUUAGAAUCUUAGGAGCAAGAUGGUACACAUUCUGGACAUCCAAGACGUUAAAUUCUUCGAUAACAUCUCUUUAAUAUCCCUAAGCACCUUAGCCUAUUGAUCACCCGUGCUAGAUGAUAUUAUGGCUUAUGAGUUGCAGCCCCAUGGAUUUGUCGGCUCUUUUGCUGGAAGUGUAGAAUGCGAAAGCAUUUGCCCUGGUUUCCGUGCCUUUGCUGUCUCUGUCACAACAAUUCCCUGCAUAAGAGGAAUUUAUUUAGACUGAGAAUUAUUUUAUGUAUAACGACGAGAUAGUUUUCUAUUAGAUGGACAGAAUUUGAUGCGUUUUUCUAGAGCUCUUGGAGUUUUUAUCCCUCCAGUGUCAGGAUUUCAGGACCCCUUUUGCUGGAAAGAGUCACAUGCUCUUGGUGGCUUUGUUGCGCAACUCCAAGACUUGGGUUUUAUUUACUAAAAUAAUAUUUGGGUUGGUAUUGUGAUCUGCCAUUGCUGACAGGUAAAUCUGAUCGAGUGGCUGAAGAUGAUGGUUGGGAGCAGGCGCGCUGAGGAAGUAGUUGACCCGACCAUUGAGGCACUCCCGUCCACUAGAGCUCUCAAACGAGCACUUCUGGCAGCAUUGAGAUGUGUGGACCCGGAUUCAGAGAAGAGACCAAAAAUGGGCCAAGUUGUCCGGAUGCUGGAGUCUGAUGAUCCCAUCGUUCGUGAGGUUUGUCUCCUGAUCUUUCUCUCGCAUUCCUUCCUUCUCCUCGCGAUUCCACUGUAAGGUAGCCGAACUGACAAAUUCACCGUCCAGUACCUCUGCACAUUUGUUUUUCUCCAUCCUUCAAAGAACUAGACUCUCUCUCUCUCUCUCUCUCUCUCUCUCUCUCUCUCUCUCUACACAAGGGGUCUUCUCCUCACCUGGUCAUAUGUCCUCUCUGAUGUGUUGUGUUGUGUCGUGCCCCAUUCCAGAAGAGGCUUAGCCCGGUAGUACCUCAUUUAGCUUUGUGAAGGGUGUCCGCCGUCUGCUCCGUUGAGUCUGUGUGGUGGAGUUUUGACUAAGACUGGCAAGAAUUCCUCAGGAUCGAAGAAGCCGGCGUCGUCGCCGGGGUGGGAGCAUGGAGAUCGAAACUCAAUCUCAGAGUAAGAACUCUGACACGGACAAGAGUGACUACUCCGAUGCCACUGACAAGGACAAGUGA